CGGGGCAGUGGCAGUGAGGUGGGGGCUCCGGUGUAAAGCCGAAGGUUCCGCCUCUGUAAACAAAGCAAGAGGAACGAGGCGGAGCCUCCGUCACAUUUCUGGUUCAGUAGCAGGUUACAGUUUAACUGUCUUCUGACCAAACAUGUCUUAAUUAAGAAAAAAUAACAUUUAGCUGGAUUCAGCCAGCAGGAAUAACUUGAAAGGCGGGAAGUGAGCAGCCGUGUGCAGGAGUUUAGCCGGUCGCCAUGGAAACCACCACCUCCCUGAAGAUGACCUCUCUGGUGGUCCAGAGUCUGUUCAGCUACGUGGAGGAGGACAACCUGGACGCCAUCAGGACUCACCUGGACAAGUUCAGAGACGUGGACUGCAGGAGCGACAGCGGACAGACGCCGCUGAUGGUGGCAGCAGAGCUGGGCAGCCUGGAGAUCGUGGAGGAACUGAUUCGGAGGGGCGCCACCGUCAACAUGGACGACGUGGACUGCUGGACGGCGCUGAUCUCCGCCGCUAAGGAGGGACACCUGGAGGUGGUGAGGGAACUGCUGGAGAACGGCGCCAACCUGGAGCACCGAGACAUGGGAGGCUGGACAGCGCUCAUGUGGGCCGCCUAUAAGGGCCGGACGGAGGUGGCCCGGCUGCUGCUGGAGAGAGAAGCCAAUCCCAACAUCACUGGGCAGUACAGCGUCUACCCGAUCAUCUGGGCGGCGGGCCGCGGCCAUGCAGAGAUCGUCCAUCUCCUGCUGCAGUAUGGAGCGAAGGUCAACUGCUCAGACAAGUACGGCACCACGCCGUUGAUCUGGGCCUCCAGGAAGGGAAACUACGACAGCGUGAUGCACCUGCUGGCCAACGGAGCUGAUGUGGAUCAGGAAGGAGCAAACUCCAUGACGGCUCUGAUCGUGGCGGUGAAAGGCGGACACACGGACGUCGUCAAAGAGCUGCUGAAGAGGAAUCCCAACGUCAACAUGACCGAUAAGGACGGCAACACGGCGCUCGCCAUCGCCGCCAAGGAGGGCCACACGGAGAUCGUUCAGGACCUGCUGGACGCCGGCACCUACGUCAACAACCCCGACCGGAGUGGAGAGACGGUGCUGAUCGGAGCGGUGAGAGGAGGACAUGUGGAGAUCGUCCGAGCUCUGCUCAACAAAUAUGCUGAUGUCGACGUGAGGGGCCAGGAUGGAAAGACUGCCCUCUACUGGGCAGUGGAGAAAGGAAACGCUGCCAUGGUGAGGGACAUCCUGCAGUGCAAUCCUGACACGGAGAGCUGCACCAAGGACGGAGAGACGCCGCUUAUUAAAGCCACUAAAAUGAGGAGCAUCGACAUCGUGGAGCUGCUGCUGGAUAAAGGAGCCAAAGUGUCUGCAGUGGACCGGAAAGGGGACACCGCCCUGCACAUCGCGAUCCGCGGGCGCAGCCGAAAGCUGGCCGAGCUGCUGCUCAGGAACCCAAAAGAUGGCCGCCUCCUGUACCGGCCCAACAAAGCUGGAGAGACGCCGUACAACAUCGACUGCACCCACCAGAAAAGCAUCCUGACGCAGAUAUUUGGAGCCAAGCACCUUUCCCCAACGGAGACGGACGGCGACAUGCUGGGCUACGACCUGUACAGCAGCGCUCUGGCGGACAUCCUCAGUGAGCCCACCAUGCAGCCGCCCAUCUGUGUUGGUCUGUACGCCCAGUGGGGCAGCGGCAAGUCCUUCCUCCUCAAAAAGCUGGAGGAUGAGAUGAAGACCUUUGCAGGGCAGCAGAUCGAACCGCUGUUCCAGUUCUCCUGGCUGGUGGUUUUCCUCACGCUGCUCCUCUGCGGCUCAGUCGCCAUCAUCCUGGGCUUCACCGUCGACCCCAGGCUGGCCAUCGCCGUCUCCCUCAGCCUCCUCGCUCUGCUCUACACCUUCUUUGUGCUGGUGUACUUCGGGAGCCGGCGUGAGAAGGAGACCUGGCACUGGGCCUGGGUCAUCAGCACCCGUCUGGCCCGCCAGAUCGGCUACAUGGAGCUGCUGCUCAAGCUCAUGUUCGUGAACCCGCUGGAUCUUCCAGAGCAAACCGCCCGAGCCCUGCCUGUCAGGUUCUUGUUCACGGACUAUAACCGCCUGUCCAGCGUCGGAGGGGAGACGUCUUUGGCUGAAAUGAUCGCCACGCUGUCGGACGCCUGCGAGGUGGAGUUCGGCUUCUUGGCCACCAGGUUGUUCCGGGUUUUCAUGAACGAUGAGAUCAAAGGUCAGAAAUGGAAGAAAACCUGCUGCCUGCCGUCCUUCGUGUUUGUUUCGCUGACGCUGGGAUGCCUGAUCACCGGCGUGGUGCUGUUAUCCAUCUUUAGGGUGGACUCUGAAAACCUGACGGUAAACGCAGUGCUGAUAGCGAUGGCCAGCGUGGUCGGACUGGCCUUGCUGAUCAACUUCCGGACCUGGUGGCAGGUGGCCGACUCCGUCCUCAACUCCCAGAGGAAGCGGCUGCAUGGCGCCGCCAACAACCUGCAUAAGCUGAAGAGCGAAGGGUUUAUGAAGGUCCUGAAGCACGAAGUGGAGAUGAUGUCCAAAAUGGCCAAAACGAUCGACGGCUUCACCCAGAACCAAACGCGCAUGGCGGUCAUCAUCGACGGGCUGGACGCCUGCGAACAGGACAGAGUUCUGCAGAUGCUGGACACGGUGCGGGUUCUCUUCUCGAAGGGUCCGUUCAUCUCCAUCUUCGCCAGCGACCCUCACAUCAUCAUCAAAGCCAUCAACCAGAACCUGAACAGCGUCCUGAGAGACUCCAACAUCAACGGCCACGACUACAUGAGGAACAUCGUCCACCUGCCGGUCUUCCUCAACAGCAGAGGCCUCAGCCGCGCCAAGAAGCUCUGCAUGGCCACGCCCACCAACGGGGAGGCCGACGGGUGUCAUGAUGACAUGGACAGACGGGUGUCUAUGAUCAGCCUGGCCCAGGAUCAAGUCAAGGUUGGCAGCAAGACUGCUCUAAACCGAAGGGACACGUACCGGCGGCGGCAGAUGCAGAGGACCAUGACCAGGCAGAUGUCGUUCGACCUGACCAAGCUGCUGGUGACGGAGGACUGGUUCUGUGACAUCAGCCCCCAGACCAUGAGGCGGCUGCUCAACAUCGUCUCCAUCACAGGUCGCCUGCUGCGCGCCCAUCAGAUCCUCUUUAGCUGGGACCGCCUGGCGUCGUGGAUCCACCUGACGGAGGAGUGGCCGUACAGAACGUCGUGGAUCAUCCUGUUCCUGGAGGAGGCCGAGGCCGUGUCGGAUCAGGUCACACUCAAGACCAUCUACGAGAGGUAACUCAACCGGCUCGGUUUUACAGUACAGCUGAA